AUGCAACAUGAUGAAACAAAGUUUAACAACAAUUUGUCAGAAUCUCCUAUUCCUUCAGCUAGUUUAACUUCAACAUCAUUAAUACUACCGCCACCGCCACCACCACCGCCCAUGAUUUCUUCACCUGCACUACAAGGAGGAGCAAAUGGUAGUAGCAAUUGGAGAGAACAAUUGCAAGCAAGGUUAAGAAGUAAAAAGAAUAAUUCCACAGAUAAAACAUCUACACCAAUAAAAAGUUAUUUGUGGAUAUCACAAAGUCCUGCUGAUAUGUCAGAAGUAUUGAAAGAAUUACAAAGUGGAUCCAUUAAACUACGUUCAAUACCAAGAUCACCCGGUGGCACACCGAUAAAACAGAAACAUUCUCCUACAAUCAGUGGCUCUGAUCCAUGUGCAAUUAUCACUCGGGCAUUACACUCUAAAUUUUCACAUCUUCGUUCUAUGAUGGACAGUUCUACUAGUGAUGAAGAAGAAAACCAGUCAGAUAAUCAUCUUGACUCUGGUCCGCGCUGGGUUAGGAAUCGCGGUGUCUUGGAGUAUAUGGGAUUUUGUCCACAAUUUAAAUAUAGAUAUGGUCAUACUUUUGGUAAAGAAACAUCAGAAAUAGCUAAAGUAACUUGUUUAAUUCAAGGAUCACAUCAUUUUUACCCUGUUACUAGGGAGAAUAAUAAAUUUGAUCCAUUAAGAUCUAAGUUUAAUUAUGAUGUUCCUGGAAGAAUGUUACCAAAAUCAACAGGAGAUAAUAAAUAUACAGAAGGAAUGAUACCAGGAUAUUCUGGUAAUAUACCACAAAUGAAUUUUAAAUUUGGUCGAACAUAUCGUAAUCUAUCUGAUGAAUGCGUUGAUCAAUUAGUUAAAGAAUAUAAAUCUUCUGAGUUAAGACAAAACAGAUUAAAAGAAUCAUCCAACUUGAUGACUAAUCUUCAUCCUGUAACAUAUGAUCCUUUAGUUAAGAAUCAUUUAAAUACAUGGACUGACGAUAUGGUUAAGAAGAAUUCUGAUGUUCAUUCGUAUAUGAGUUCAAAUGAACCGCCUAUUCCUGAAAGUGGUUUAGCUAAACGUUUUCAUGAAGCUGCUCAAAGUAGUUUAGAAACAUUUAGAGCUGAAUGUAAAAAUCAUUUUGAUCAUAUGGAUAUGCCGAUGACUAGAUUAGAUACUUCAUCACGUCCACAUAGUUCAAUACCAUAUACACCAAAUAGUAAUUAUUAUAGUGCAAGAAUAUUUCAUCAAGAAGGUAUGAUACCAGAUUAUGAAGUUCAUAUACAUGGUUAUCAAUAUCAUGUUGGAAAGAAUUUUGGUAAUACAACACGUGAUUUAGAAUGCUCUCCAAUGUGCCCUGAAAUCUAA